AUGUCGAGCGCAGAAGGCUCUAAAUUGCCGAAUGGAACAUGUCCACAGAGCACCAAGCCGUUUGAAAAGGUCUUGAUCGUGGGAGCCGGUCCGGCUGGCCUCUUACUCGCUAUACUUCUCGCCCGAAGUCAUAUCCCGUCGACAGUAUUAGAAUCAUGGGAUCGUGUGGAUGAAAGAUUGCGCGCAACACAAUACGGCGUUCCAGCGACGAGGGUAUUUCGACGAGCAGGUAUCCUUGAUGAUAUCCGGUCAGAAAGCAUCACGCACUUUCCGUACAUCUGCUGGCGUAGUGUCCGGACCGGUCAAUUUCUUACUGGAAUAGACCUGUCCGUGGUCAAAGCCGAUAAAGAUCGCAUGACGAUACUACCACUGAAUGAGAUUUUGCAAAUUAUGUUGCGACAUUGCCGAGAAAAAUAUUCUGAUUAUGUCACAUUGCUUUUCAACCACAAGGUUGUUAACAUCGAUCAGGACUCAAGGUCAGCAACAGCGGUGGUCGAGGUUGGCGGUCAAGACGGAGUCAAACGCACCGUGACAUUUGAGGCAUCUUACAUUAUUGGGUGUGAUGGUGGGCAGAGCACCGUUCGAAAAACGCUAUUCCAGAGGAAUUGGCCUGGUGAAACGUUUGAGAGUCGCCUGCUUGUUCAAAAUGUAUACUACAAAGGGUUUGCAGACAGUGGUUGGGAUGGUGGCAACUACAUGAUAGACGACGAAUUCUGGGGUCUCAUUGCCAAACGAGGCAAGGCCAAAGGGCCAGAGGGUGAGCUCUGGCGAGUUACAUAUGGCGAUUCGGCCGCCAAUCUAUCGGAAGAAGAAUAUCUGAAGCGCCGCGAACUCGCAUUCAAGAAGAUGCUUCCUGGACAUCCGGAUCCCAGUCAGUACAAGGUGAAGCAGACGGACCAAUUCCGCAUCCACAAUCGAUGCGUAGAAAAGAUGCGUGUCGGCCGAGUUUUCCUCGCGGGCGAUGCUGCUCAUGUCUGCAAUCCUUUUGGCGGAUACGGCUGUAUGGCUGCGGUUUUGGAUGUGGCGGGCCUCGCGGACUGUCUCAUCGGAUACUAUGAGGGCAAGGCCGAUGAGGACAUUCUUGACGCUUACGCGGAAAUCCGGCGAGAGAAGUUCCUUCAGUUUAUCGACCGGCGGUCUAGGAAAAACUUGAAUCGAAUCUCCAAGACAAACGCAGACACUGCGCUUGAGACGGACCCAUUUCUAGCAUUGCUGAAAGGCAUGGAAGGCAAUGCUGACGAGACGAAGAAAUUUCUACUGGUACGUAUUCCUCACCAGGAUGCCCUUUCCCCCAAGGGAUAUUAUCAAACAGCCUAA